CAGUGCCGCGUUUACGAACAGUUGAAUGCGUAUUGUAACUGUUUGGCGGUGAAAUUUAAACGCGACGUUGCCAGUCCGUGCUGGUUAAGGACUUAGGAGGUCCUUCCGAGGAAUUCUGCUACGAAUCUAUCGAGCAAAAAUCGCACUAUGUCUGAUUUUAACGGUAUCGAGGAGAAGAUGCAAGGGGAAUUGAACCUUGUUAUUUGAGACAAAGACUCGAUUCCGGAAAGCAAGACGGAUAACAAUAUGCUGAAGGAGAGAGAAAGCUCAGAGGGGUCGCCUGCAACCCCAGACGAAUGUGCGGGAUGCGGAGGCAGGAUACAAGACAGAUAUUACCUGCUGGCGGUAGACCGGCAAUGGCACGGCACCUGCCUCCGCUGCUGCGAAUGCCGUCUGCCUUUGGACAGCGAGUUGACCUGCUUCUCGAGAGACGGGAAUAUCUAUUGCAAGGAGGACUACUAUAGGUUGUUUUGUGUGAAGAGAUGCGCUCGGUGCGGGAACGGUAUCACUGCAAACGAGCUGGUCAUGAGAGCUCGGGAUAUGGUCUUUCACCUCACCUGCUUCACGUGUGUGGCAUGCGGAACCCUGCUUUCGAAAGGCGAUGUCUUCGGCAUGAGGAACGGCCUUAUUUACUGCAGGCCGCAUUACGAUAGCGCAUGUAUGGACGAUUUCUGUGAUGAGGAUAUCAAUAGCGUUUACAGGUGCCAAGAAAUGCAUAGCGAGGGUGAUUCUCCAAACCAAUAUUACACAGGAGGUCCGAGCCCAAAAGGAAGACCAAGGAAGAGAAAAACGCACCAAGGUUCUCCAGAAGACAUGCAAGUCCAAACGAUGAGAAUGGCUAGCACAGCACUAGAAAUACUCCAUCGCGGCGAUCUCUCCUCCUCAAUGGAAUCACUGGCUUACGACUCUUCAGUGGCAUCUCCAGGUAGCGUGUCGAGUCACACCCAACGAACUAAGCGCAUGCGCACCAGCUUUAAGCACCACCAGCUUCGCACCAUGAAAUCUUACUUCGCAAUCAAUCAGAACCCUGACGCGAAAGAUCUUAAGCAACUGGCUCAAAAGACUGGUCUUUCCAAACGUGUAUUGCAGGUCUGGUUCCAAAACGCAAGGGCGAAAUGGCGCAGGAAUAUGAUGAGGCAAGAGUCCAACCACCACGGGUCAAUAUCUAACGGCAAUGCGGGUCAUUCAACAAACGGAAGUCUGGCUGCAGGCGUUCCUCCACCCAGCGUGCCUGGCACAUUGAUGUUAUCAGAACCACUACAAGCUUUGGACGAUUUAAGGGUACACACUCCCCAUCCAAUGAGCUUUAAUGAAAUGUACUGACACUUGAGAGAAGUAAGGAUAAACCAGAUUUCAACAACUUUUUCGGGCUAGUAAACCUAUGCCCGUUGUAAUGUAAUAGCUUUUUGUUACCUCCAUUGACAUAAUUACCUCGCACUAAAUCCAAUGAUCCUCGUGUAACUAAUCAAGGUCUAACGUCAGCGCUGGUCCAAGCCAACUCGGCAUCCUAGGCGAAUAAAUGAAAUCACGCUUUCUAAGAAAAAAAUUCUCAACAAAACGCAAAUGUAAUUUUUACUAAAAAAAUUCAAUAAUUCAAUUUUCUUUAAUUUUACAGAAAUGCGCAUAACUUUAUUUGCGCUUUUAAACUGGUUUUUAUUUACGAAACUUAUUUAGAAUUUCACUAAAAAGGGUAUUAUAACGUUCGGUAACGCCCCGGGGCCCGAGGCGGCUGGUGCACGGCGUUUACGAAUACUUUUAUCAUUUUGUAUUGCUAUACUAUCACAAUCUAGAUUUACAGAAGAGGAGCGCGAACGCUUGUUGCCUAGCUAUGUCGCCCCUAAAAUCGAGCGCCCUAGGCGGUCGCCUAGUUCGCCUUUAUUGACGGGCCGGCCCUGACUAUGGCAUUUGCAUUGAGGUAUCAGUUUCAAUGAAAGCCAAACUAAUGAGGGCCAAACGUUAUGAUUAAUAACGUUCCAUAUUAGCAAAUAUCGAAUAGCACGUUUGUUAACAUGAAUACAUACUCAUAUAGGUCAUAUAGCUACUUAUGCGUGUUAGUUUGAUAAACUGCACAAUAAUUUCGUUUAUAAUACACUAACAUUUUAACUUUCGACAUGUAAUUUUGUAUA